AGGAAAAAUAGUUAGCUAAGCUUAUCUUCACAGAUGGUGGUAGGAACAGGGUCCAACGCUAUAACUGUAGUGCGAAAUAUUAAAAAAGAAAACAGUAUUCAUGGAUUUACUCACAUAAUUAUUUAUACAGUGUCCAGAUAGUCAUAUAAUAACACAUUAAAACCGCAUUUCCGUGAGUUUCGGUGCAUUAAAUGGAGGAGAAGAAGGAAGACGGAGACUCGGAGAUACAGGAACACGGACCUGAGCACUGGUUCUCAAAAUGGGAGCAGCAGUGUUUGGCCGAAGCGGAGCAAAGGGAGCCCAGCGAGGAGGAGGCCGACAACGAUCAGGAUAAACUGUGGCACCUCUUCCAGAACUCGGCCACGGCCGUGGCACAAUUAUACAAAGACAGAGUAUGCCAUCAACAGGGUCUGUCAUUGUGGGUGCCGUUUCAGAACUCUGCAACAGCAGUGACCAACCUCUACAAAGAGAGUGCUGAGGCCCAUCAGAGAAGCUGUGACCGGGGCAUUCAGAUAGGCCACCAACGUCGUAAUAAGGACAUGUUGGCCUGGGUGAAAAAGCGCCGGAGAACCAUCCGUAGGGAGGAUCUGAUCAGCUUUCUGUGCGGCAAAGCGCCACCACACAGGAGUAGCAGGGCCAACCCCUGGCUGGCCAUGGUGGCUCCCAGUCGGGCGAAUUCACCAGCAGAGACCGGCUCAUCUGUGGAAACGGACCUCCAGCCCUUCAGGGAGGCGAUAGCACUGCAUGGCUUGAGCGGCGCCAUGGCGAGCAUCAGCGUGCGCUCCGGUGCUCCGGGGUCUCCCACACACGUGAGCGGGAGCAGCGGCGUGGGCGGCGCCGCCGGCGUGGGCGGUUCCUCGGGGCCGGUGUGCCGCAGCAGGCGCAACGGGCUCCAGGACGUCGACCUGAACACUUUCAUCUCGGAAGAGAUGGCGCUGCAUCUGGACUCUACAGGCUCCGCCUCCGCCGGAGGGGGAGCGACCAGGAAGAGAAACUCCACCCAGUGUAGCGACGUCAUCACGGACUCCCCUACACACAAACGCAACAGGAUGAUCUGAUCUGCUGCCUGCCUAUGGGGGGGGGGGGAAACGCCUUCAAAGGCUAAGAGAGCGGGGGAUGGAUGGGCUUACGACGGACGGACAGACUCGCAGACAUUGGGAUGCCUCGCCGUGGAACCCGGCCGUAAUGAAAAUGAAAACCGGGACCGAAGACCUCGGCUCCGUGUCUUCAAAAGUUGAACGAAUUCUCUUCCUUGGCUCCUUUCCCCCACACCAUCACUAUGAAUCGCUGAUCUGCAAUCGGAACACCUAUCGAGUGUGUGUGUGUGUGAGAGACUCUGAGCUCUGGACGACAUCACACGCUCUUCAGACGUCGCCGCCCCGGACGGGAGACGGCGAAGGAAGUCACGGACUCAUUCUAGGUCGCCGACACGCCCCCCCCUUCACCGUUUCUUAUCCUCACCCACCACCUUAAUAAAGGAAGUGAGGGCCAUGAUCAAAUCGUCUCACUCGGUGCACCGAGUUGCACGCCAAAUGUCGGACCCGACUCCCGCCAGAGACUCGCCUGUGCGUCAAACAACCCACCUGCUCCUUUUUGUUUCUUCAUAUCUGCAGCUUUCGUCCGGCGGAGUCGAUUCGCCCGACAGCAGAAGACAUCGGCGGCUUCAUCCGCCGCCCGCGAGGGCGACGGCACGCGACUCUAUUCUGACUGCUCCGCUUCAACCGUGGCUUCCUUUAGUUCGGCCGGUCGGCCCCUUUGUUUGUUUUCGUUUCUCCUCCCUCGACCACCAGUGUUACACGUCUUGCUUUGUUGCCGCCGUUUGCAGCAGCGAGAGCCAAGUUGAUUUUCGCGCUUUCUACACUUAUUUUGUUUCUGUUCUUGAGGAUAAUGGAAAAGGAAAAUCAUUUUUCUUUGUGUAUACAGCUUGUCAGACGGACCCCCCCCCCCCCCCUCAUUUACCUUCAGUCUUAUUACGAAAGCAGCUGCUGUUUUAUGUGAUCUUGUUGACGAGUUGCAAUAAGGACUUUUGCACUUAGCCCUCACCUCCUGACUCAUGCAAACAAAUCGGCUCUUCCAUUGACUCGCAGCCUCGCCCGCGCGUUCCUUAAAGAAAGCAAACGCAAUGGACCAACAACUCUUCAGAAGUACUUAAACCUGUAUCUAAAGAUAUUCUUUGCUGUAAACGAAGCAUAAGUCACACAUGUUUACUAAAGUAACGUUUCUCAAGCACGCCGGACCGUUUUGGAUGGAGCGUCUGAUUGGCUGUUGGGACACCAGGUGCGUCAAUACGACGUGGAUGGGGACUCCACUCGGUACGGGAGGACGCGCGUUUCGUUCUUGAAAUGGUUGUUGCCUUCAUCCGUCUGUAUCAGUGAGAGGAGGAAGAGGAGGAGGCACCGAUAUCGCACCAGUCAGAGCUUUGGGUACAUUUAGCAGUUUGUAAAGUCAGAAAGACUCGAGCUGGACCGCUUUCUCAGGUCUUCACGGACGAUUUUGGGAGGUGAAUGUCGGAGCGUCUUGAACUCAGAUUGUUGGCGUAUGCUGAGUCAGCAUUGGAACUAAAAGAUUUAAAUACAGACUAGUUAUUCAACCAAUUAUAACUAUCUAAAAGACGCCCGGCUGAAGUCGUGAUACAGUAACUCGUACCUCCCGAUACGAGCUGAAGCGGACUCGCGAGGCCUCGAUGGAUUCGAUGCCUCCUUCUUUUUCUCUCCCUCCGUUGACUUUUUUCACAUCCCUUCAUUUUUCUUACGACCUGGAAAGUGGGUUUUCUUUAGUCGUAUGAAGCAUGCCAGUUUUUAAACUUCUGUUACAUUUUGGUCACAGAUUUCAUUUUUCCGUUGGAGGUUGUUUUAUACACACACACACACACACUCACACACACAGGCUGGCUUGUCGUGAAAGAAGGACCCCGGCUGAUAUUUGUUGCUUCUGGCCAAACGAAGAGCUCUUUCUGCGUUAUGAGUUUGUGAAACCACUGAGUCCGACUGAUGGAAAUCAACCUUUUUUUUAAAGACUGGAACAGCUUCCGUCUCGGGUUAAAGCUGGUGCUUUAGAAAAGAAAAAGCAAACCACAUCGUCUCUGUAAAUUCUGGGUUGCGUCAUCCGGCGAAGGCCGAGGUGAGCAACGUAACAUAGGAUGGAUCAGAGUUUCUCGAAUCGGAAUGGCGCCCUAAAAAAAGUCCCAUUUCCGGUCCCGUCGGACCGCUUCAGACUCCGGUCCUCGUGGGAGGAUCUAUAACGACAGUGACCCCCGAGGACCCGACGGCGCACCAUUUUGCCCCCGGCACUUUACUCCCCGCUGUGUCUAACACUUUCACACCGGAGCUCGACUGAAACCAAAUGACGCUCGUCGUCACAAAUCCGUAGGUUUGACCUCCCAGUGUUUGUGUCGCGUGGCGACUCGUCGGGGGGGAGAUGGGACUCGAAGCACUCGGACACAGCAUCCAUCUUCUCCCCCCCCCCCCCCCCCCCCCCAAAGACUAGAGGAGUCGUCUGUGCUGUCGUUCAACCCGCAGCGUUGACCCCGUUGAUGGGGGGGAGGGGGGGGGCACUUAGUGUUAUUCUUUUCUUCCCCGGAGCCACCGGCCGUCAUCCACCUCGUUUCAGAAGGCCGCCUCAUGCCACGUAUCUCUGGAGCAAACACUAUUAUCAACAGUUUCUUGAUACUUAUGUUUAAAAAAAUAAUAAUAAAUGGCUAAUCUAUAUACUUAACAUUUAAUUGUUGGUAUGAUAUAUGUGGUUCACAUUGUAAAAGAAAUAAAACCAUUGAGUUGAA